ACCAACCAAAAUUUAUUUACAGUUGGAGGGCAAAAAAAAACAUACGAACCUCAUAUGGAGUAUUGUGAAGCAGAGCAUGGAUGUAAGAAGCACUCAAAUCACCAGGAAAAGCAAGGUGUUUGCCCUUCUUGUCUUAGAGAAAGAUUAUCUUGUCUUACUCUUUCAUACAAAGAAGCUUCACGGGUUACUUCUUCACUCUAUUUUUGUCCUGCUCAUUACUCUCUGGCUUCAAACCCUGACUCCCCGGCUCGACAUAGUCAUUCCCAUAUGCGGAACAGUUCCGGGGUGAUGGGAAUCAUGGGGAUGUCCUCGUCUUUCGGGGUAAAGCUUGGUGCCUCUAAUGGUUUGAAGAAGAGUAGAUCGAUUGCUUUUGUACCAAGAAACUUGGAUGAUGACGAUGAAGAGACCAAAAAAGGGAAAAAGAAAAAAGGGUUUUGGUCCAAGUUAGUACAUUUCAAAGGGAAGAAGGACGCUUUCAACAAGUAUGAGAUUAACGAUUGGAAGAGUGAAUUAGUUUCCUAGGAUUCAAUUUCAAUAAAAUUGUGCAUUUCUUUUUCUUUUCCUAUGUUACUUGUUCAUGCAAUGGGAAAGAAUAUUCUAUCUUGAA